AUGUGGCAGCCCUACAUUCCUCAUUGUAUAUCCAAGCUCUCCCAUUGGCUCCAAACUGUGAGAAACUCCAACAAGCCCAAGACCCACACAUUCAUAUGGAGAUUUGGGAGUAUAAAUAGAGGAGAUGCAGCCAGUACAAAUCACACUCACUCUACACAGAGAGAUCUACAGCACAGAGACACAGCCAUGGCACCAACCAUCACUUCAGCAAUGACCAUCUCAAACGAGCACCUGCCUCUGAAGAACAAGCUGAGGAAGCUGAUGGUGGAAAAGAUGCGCAGAGAUCGUAUCAACAGCAGCAUUGAGCAGCUGAAGUCUCUCCUGGCUACGCAGUUCCUCAACCAGGAACCUGACUCCAAGCUGGAGAAAACAGAUAUCCUGGAGAUGACAGUCAGCUUCCUGAGACGACAGCAGCAGCAGCAGCAGUCUGCAUUCUCCUCCAGCUCAGCAGCUGUCAAUCAAGGCUUCUCCAGAUGUGUCCAUGAGGUUGUCCACUUCCUGUUCAAAGAAGAGGUGAAGACACAGAGCCAGAGAAAACUGCAGAACCACUUCCAGAACCUGCAGCCAUCUUCAGAUGAGAACAGGAGGGAAAGUGUUCUGCCUCAGCUGAGCUCUACAGAGCAGCAGAUCAUCAGCAAAGAGAAGAGUUCAGUUAAGAGCGCCCUCUGGAGGCCCUGGUAGAGUCUAGUCUAGAACUUCUCUCUGUUAACCACUGUUGACCAUAUUGGUCUGAUAAUAUGAGUGUAAUAACUAUGUAUUUUAUUUCUGUUGGGUAAAAUUUACUCAUGUCCCAGUUAAUAUUAUACUGUGUUAUACGUCACUUGAUUUCUUCUGCAAUUACAAUACAUCAGAAAGACUCUUUUUUUAAAAAAUGCAUUUAUUUUUUAAUGCUUUGAAUUCUCAAGAAAGAAUUCAUUUCUAAUGUUUGGAAUGAUAUACUGUCAGUCAUUAAAGUCUGACAUCCGUUUCCUAUAUCCGGUAUAGAUAUUUAUGUUUGCCUUUUAUAAAGGCUUUUAUUUUCCUAAAUAUAAAUGCCCUAGUGAUAUUUUAAAGCUUGUCAAGGGCUUUUAUUAACCUAUAAAUAUCAUUUUGAUGUUCUGAAGCCUAUUGUACUUCAUAGUGAAUAAUUAUCCUUUCUGUAUAGGCAUAUUAUCCUUUCUGGAUAUUGCCUUCUGUGAAGGCAAAAUAUUUACAAAAUAUGAACUGAAUGUACUUGACUCAUGACAUGGCGAAAUAAAACAAUCACCGAAAUUUUGUCUCAUUUUCUCUCCAUUCAUGCACACUGGCUGAUCACAUUUUGCAAAGUCUACAGUGCCUUGUUGACUAUGUACUUAAGGGACUAUUUUGAACAUAAUGGUUUGAAUUAUUUUAAAACAUAGUCUUCUAAACAACAGAAUCUCAAAAUACGUAGACUGUAUGUGCUGGGGGUUGAGCUUGUGUUAUAACUCUAAAGACAAAAUGCUAAGAUUUCUGAGGUUUCCCACACUGGAUUAUUUGCAUUAAGAGACUACGAAAUGAACAAUAAUUGUAUGUCUAUUCAUACACUAAUGGUGUCAUAAAGAUUUGUCUUCUGAUGAACAGAAAACCACAGAAAUUUCAAUUGAUUCAGUUCUCUUCAUCUGACAAAUAUAUACCUUAGAGAAACAUUUAUUUAAGGUAUGUAAAUGUACUUUGUAAAGCUACACUUUAUUGUAAAUAUAGAAGGAUAAAAAUGUUAGCAUACCAGUAAAAGAUAUGACUAAUAUUUUAGAAUUUUUUUAUGGUAACUAAAUAUUUUUUAUUUUUGUCAAUUUUGCUGACCCUUGUUUCCUUAGUUCUAUAUAUAUAUAACCUUUUUUGUAUAUAAAUUUGAAAUGGCUAAAUGCAUAUGUACUGUAUAUAAAUUACAUAAUAUAUAUGUAAAUUAAUGCAAUGCAAACUACCUGUAAAUUACCUUACAGCAUAAACCUCUAUCUUUAAUGUUGAUGUAGUCAAAAGCAUGUAGGCAUAAACCUCCAGGAAAUGUGGAAAAUAGUCUGUGAAUGUUAACCAGUGGCUCUGAGUGCCACUUUGGUGCAGCAUGAUGACUCAAACCACGUUUCGGUCCAACUAACUAGGAAAGGAGAAUGAGACAAAAACAGUGAUGAGUGUCUUUGUGUUCAGUUGAAUUAAAUUCAAUUUUAUUUGUAUAGAGCUUUAAGCAACAGACAUUGGCACAAAGCAGCUUUGACUUUUCUGUGAAGAGACUUCAUUUACCAUUUAUGGAAGGAGUCUCCAGUGUCA